GUCGCAGGGCGCUUCUCCCGCUAGCUUGUUGGCAGUGUGUGGUCACGAAGAUUUUUUGUAAAUGAAUAUUUUUCCUGUAAAAAGUGUUUGUGUAAUGAUAACAAUUGAACAGUUUAAUAGACCGUAAAGUGGCGUAGAGCAUUCAGUGUGCUUUGCAGUGACCGGUAGUGUAGACAGCAUUUUGAUAAGUCCAGAAAAAGUUCUCUUAUUGAGCGAAUAUCUUCGCACACGCAUUUGUUUACGUUUUCGUUUCUCUUUUCUGCUCGAAAUCCACGUCAAGAUGAGUGGCGGUGAUAGGAGUGAUAGCACCAAUGUAAAUGUGCUCGAAAUACCCACCGAAUGCGACAGGGUGUCUCAACUAAAAGCGUACUUUCUUAGCACGUUUAAUCGGAAUCCGAAAUUUAUUGUACGUUGCAGUGGAAGAGUGAAUAUCAUUGGUGAACAUGUAGAUUAUUGUGGCUAUCCAGUGCUACCAAUGGCAAUAGAGCAAACAAUUCUCGUAGCGGUUGCUCCAUCAGAAGAUAAUUUAAUCCACGUAAAGAACAUAGAUCCAAAGUACAAACCUUUCAAGUGUAAUAUAAACACGUUUACCAUUGAUUUGGAUCAGUCAGGUGGCCCCGAGUGGUACAAGUAUUUCUUGUGUGGCAUAAAGGGAAUUCUAGAAUAUGAGAAACCAUCCGUUAUACACGGAAUGAUGAUAGUUCUAUCAGGAAAUAUUCCGUCAGCCUCUGGUUUAUCGAGUUCCAGUGCAAUUGUCAGCGCCUCCGUGCUGUGUUCAGCAUAUCUACACAAUGUACCAUUGGUGAAACAAACUUUAGCAACAAUAUCCGCUGAGUGUGAGCGUUACAUUGGAACCCAGGGCGGUGGUAUGGACCAAGCAAUUGCAUAUCUGGCUAAACAAGGAUGUGCCCAGUUUAUCGAAUGGGACCCAUUAAGAGCAACUUCAAUUAAUCUACCAGCAAAUGCAGUUUUUGUGAUCGCCAAUAGUUUGACGGAAGCAAAUAAAGCUGCCAACUCCGAUUUCAACCAACGAGUUGUUGAGUGUAGACUGGCUUGUCGAAUUUUAGCCAAACAAAUGCAACUCAACUGGCGUCAAAUUUGCCGUUUCGCUGAUCUUCAACAAGCACUUAGCUAUUCUCUGGAGGAAAUGGAAACUUUGGCACAUACUUACUUGACGCAAAUGGCUUACAGUACGGCAGACCUGCUAACAAUAUUUGAAAUCGAGCACGACGAUUUUGUGGAAAACUUACUAACCGCUAAUACAAGAGACGCUCAGAUUUUUAAACUUAAGCAACGAGCGCUACAUGUUUUGCAAGAAUCAAUGCGUGUCCACACAUUUGUUACGGUUGCUCGGCAGCAGUCAGAAGCAGCAAUCCAAAUAAUGAAACAAUUAAUGCGAAAAUCGCACGAAAGUCUGAGAACUUUAUAUGAAUGUUCACAUCCCAAUUUAGAUAAACUGGUUCAACUAUCAGAUUCCUUGGGCAUAGGAGCAAGGCUUACAGGAGCAGGAUGGGGUGGUUGUAUAGUGGCAUUAUGCGAUGGAAUUGACGAAAGCCUACACUACAUCAAAUGCUUGAGUCAAACGUACUACGCCAAUCAUCCCCAAGCAAAAGGUAGAGAUAUAAAAGAGCUAAUUUUUGCGACGAGCCCACAAAGAGGGGCUGAAAUAUAUGCCUUGGUAGAUACAAAGAAUGUAAUUGAUUAAAUUUGCCGAUGGAAUUCCAAUUUUAGUUACCAACAUUAUUUAAGGCAACAAAAUGUUAAUUUAAAAUAAAUAUCUAUAAUUUUACGAACUUCCUACUUUGUGCCAGAAUUCAAUAGCUGUUAUCUUGCCUACCUUUAAGAAAUCGUUUUCUGCAAACCAAAUAAACAAUUAACAAACCAAAU